CCGCAGCGAGAGGGGAAAGACCGAGAUUAACGAGGAGAACGGGAAUCGUAAGAAUCCAGGCGAAAAAUAUGGAAAUAAAAAAAACCUAGUCUGUUGGCUUCCGCAACAAGUCUUCCGAGGCAUGGAUUCUGAUUCCCUUCCACAAACAAAACCAAGAUCUGCGCAUUUGGUCAGAAAAUGCUAAAAUAAUCACAACCAGUUGAGGACAAUGCUUGAGAAUGGAUGAAAAUUACAAGGGGAUAGCCACUGCAGUUCCCGGGUUAACUCGCUGGAUCGACCACGCCAAGCAAAUGGAAAAAUAGGAUAACUGUUGCCGGUGGGCUUGAAAAUACUACCGCGCUUCUUUGGCCCAAAAUUGUAUCCGGGAUUUCAAAACGCAAAGAAAGUACAAUUUGGUGCAUUAAAUUCCAUUGGAGGGAUGUCAUCAGCUUCCGUUGCUUGGUAGCAAACCAUCUGUUUCGUAAAACGGGAAUUGACACUUCAAGGUGUUAAUAUGGGUGAUGUGGCGGAAAACAGGGGAAUUAAAAGGACUUUUAUCGUUCCUUCUAUAAAAGCUUUUGAUAAUUAUGAUUUUACUAGGGCUAAAAUCUGUUGUAGCCUGACAUGGCUGGUGGCCAAAGCCUUUGGGACAGACUGCAUCCCAGAGGACCUGCGGGAGCCCUUCUACACGGACCAGUAUGAGCAGGAGCACAUGAAGCCACCGGUGGCCAACCUGCUGCUGUCGGCCGAGCUGUACUGCCGUGCCGGCAGCCUGAUCCUCAAGAGUGACGCCGCCAAGCCGCUGCUGGGCCACGAUGCCGUCAUCCAGGCACUUGCCCAGAAGGGCCUGUAUGUCACCGACCAGGAAAGGCUUGUCACUGAGAGGGACCUCCAGCAGAGACCCAUCAAGAUGAGCGCCCACUUGGCCAUGAUUGACACCUUGAUGAUGGCAUACACAGCAGAGAUGGUCAGCCUGGAGAGGGUGGUGUCCUGCAUCCAGAAGUACCGCCCCCUUCGGCCUGAGGACGACAUUCCAUAUGACACAGAGGAUGCAGUGACCAGCUGGAUAAACAAGGUUAACGAACACCUGAAAGAUCUCAUCACUGAGGAGCAGAGGGCGAGGGAGACGACGUGUGAGGAGCCACUGGGAGGCCCGAGGUCUCCAACCAAAUGGUAUUGGAAACUGAUUCCUGCCCGCUACAGGAAGGAGCAGACCCAGCCGCAGCAGGCGCUCUGGAUCCCCCCGGUGGACAACGUUCUGAAGGACAACACAGAUGGUUGCGCCUUGGCUGCCCUGCUGCACUUCUACUGCCCAGACACUGUGCAGUUGGAAGAUAUAUGUCUGAAGGAGACCAUGUCUCUGGCGGACAGCCUCUACAACCUUCAGCUCAUCCAGGAGUUCUGCGCUGAGAACCUGAAUGACUGCUGCCACUUCACGCUUGAAGACAUGCUGUACACCUCCUCUUCCAUUAAGAAUAACUACCUUGUAUUUAUGGCUGAGCUGUUCUGGUGGUUUGAGGUGGUGAAGCCUUCCUUCGUGCGACCGCGUGUAUUAAACACCCAAGCUCCAGACCCCAUCCUGCGAUCGAGGGACAUGCCCACAGUGACUGUUUCUGAUGUCACCAAACGGAGCUUCAUGGAGAAACCUCCCAGUCCAGAUAAGCCCAGUCUGCCUCUCAGGCCAAAACCUAAGACCUCCACUUCAGGUGUAAUAAAACGAUCAACCUCAAUGUCCUACGUGGAUGGGUGUGUAGGGACAUGGCCAAAGGAGAAACGGUCCUCAGCUCAUGGGAUAUCCUUUGAUAUUCCGUUUGAUAAGGAAGACACCAUCCUGUCAGGCACAACUCCGAUUCGAGGGAUGAGCCGGUCUGCCAGCACGGAUGGGCUGGGAUUCAGGGUCGGCCACUUCCCCCGCAACAUGAAGAGGAACCUCUCCUUCCAGCCCGUCAACGGGCAGACUGAUAGGGACGACAUCGAGGAGGAGGGUUGUCCAGAGGGUCGGCCAGGCGGCUCCGACAGACGCCCGGGGCGACCUCUCCUGGGGAGACAGGUGGCGUUCUCAAACGGGCUGGUCCCUGAGCAGCACGGCCACGGGGCCACCCCCAGCAUCGAAGAGGCCCUGAAAAUCAUCCACAGCAAUGAGAGGCCCAAUGGCAGCCUCGGGGCGGAGGGCGCUGACAACGGCUUCUUUCUGCAUGGCCCCAGCGGGGGGGUCCCAGGCGCCAAGGCCAGGCUGGAGGACGGAGACACAGACUCAGCCUCCACGGAGGUGGACACGGGCAUCCAUGUGCGGACCGAGGACAUCCAGGACGAGGACUCGUCACUGAGGGACUACACGGUGAGCCUGGACUCAGACGCCGACCACGAGGGCGACCCGCGGGCCUCGGCCAGCCCCUGCCCGAGCCCACUCUCACUCGGCGGGAGGUCGCACGCCGGCAGCUCCACCUCCUCCAGCUCAGGUGUCCGCAUGACCAGCUUCGCCGAGCAGAAGUUCCGCAAGCUGGGCCACGUCGAGGGGAGGAGCAGUGGUGGCAGCAGCAGCUCCCAGAAGACCACACCCGAGAGCUCAGAACUCAACAUAGCGCGCUCGGGGGCCUGGUCCCCUGCGCCGGAGGACGAGAGCCCUGUCCGCCGGGCACCCCGGGACCCCACCCACAUGCUGGCCUCCGAGAUGGUGCAGCUGAAGAUGAAGCUGGAGGAGAAGCGGCGGGCCAUCGAGGCGCAGAAGAAGAAGGUGGAGGCGGCCUUCACCCGGCACAGGCAGAGGAUGGGCCGCACAGCCUUCCUGAACGUGGUGCGCAAGAAGGGUGGUGGGACCUCACCCCUCAGGGAGGAAGCCUCUGGUUCGGAGGGCGACAGGCUCUCUCCAGAUGCCCAGCCUCGCAAGGUGGUGGACGGCGAGGGCGUGCAGCCCGGGAAGACCAAGGGCGCCCCUGAUGGUGCGGAGCAAGGCCCUGAGCAGAGCCCCGGUGGGCGGCCACGGUCCCCAGCCGAGGAGGUGGACCUGGCAGAGUAUACGCGGUCCAUUGAGCGGCUGAACACCUCUCUGGGCUUCCUGCAGGUGGAGAUGCAGCGGCUGGCGCAGCAGCAGGAGAUGAUCAUGCAGAUGAGGGAGCAGCAGCAGGCCUGGGUGAUCUCCCCACCCCAGCCGUCCCCACAGAGGCAGGUGCGGGAGCUGCGAGGUGCCGUCCGCUCCGCAGGAUCCCUGUCGCCCGUCCUGCCCUCCGCCCACCGCUCCCCCACCGCCAUCAAGAGGAAGUCAGCCUCCUUCCACUCACGUACGCCCCGCACGCCGCGGCCCAGCGAGCUCAAGGUGGCACCCUUCAGCCGCAUGCUCAACACGCCGCAGUCCGUGGACAGCCUCCCACGCCUGCGCAGGUUCUCCCCUAGCCAGACCCAGCUCAGCUCCUUUGCCUACCUUGGGCACGACCCCACCCCCACCCCCAGCCAUGCCCCUGCACCUGCCCCAGGACCUGAGCCCCGAGAGAAAGACUGCACCGGGGAGCCCAAACCCGAGCUCCCUGCGCCCACAGCGGACUCUGAGAAGAGUCUGGAGGCAGGGCCACUGAAAUCCCCGACCAAAGAGAUGCAGGGGGUGAGGAAGGGAGAGGGUUCAAAGGUCAAACCCACAGAGUCGUCUGCAUCUGAAGUUCUGUCCCAGCCUGUUGCGGAGGCCUUCACGGUGAUCCCUGUGGGGAAUCCCACUGACCAAACAUUCACAGGCAUCAGGAACUUGAUAGAGGUACCCCUCUCUGUGCUGAAGCCCCCAGAGGGACAGGGUCUGGGGGCAGGCGAUGGUGGAGAUCCCAGCGGAGAGAUCCACUUGGAGGACCAGAAAAUGUGCUGUGGGUUCUUCUUCAAGGAUGACCAGAAGGGCGAGGAGGACAUUGCGCUGAAAAGGGCGGCACUGCUGGAGAAGAGGAUGAGGAGGGAGAGAGAGACACAGCAAAAGAAGCAGCAGCUGGAGGUGGAGCUUGAGCAGAAGAAGGAAGAAGCACGGAUGAAAGCGGAGGAAGAGCGUAAGAAGAAGGAGGAGGACAAGGCGCGCAGAGAGUACAUCAAGCAGGAGUACCUCCUCAGAAAACAGCUCAAACUCAUGGAGGAUAUGGACUCUGUCAUCAAGCCCCGUCCCUCCAGCACUAAGCAGAAGAAGCCCCGCCCAAAGUCGAUGCACAGAGAUAGCAUGGAGUCUCCCAAGGUCCCACCCAGGGCGGGGUCGGGUUCCCGGCCUCGUGUGUAUUCUGUCUCCAGUCUGUCCCUGGCUUCACUCAACCUGGGGGACAACGACAGUGUGAACUCAGACAAGAGGACCCCCAGAAGCAGUAAAUUAGCCUCUGGAAGCCUAUACUUCUUUCUGAACUCCCCCAAAGUGAAAAAGGCAAGGCCAGACUCCGCUGAUGGGUUUCUGUCCCCAUGCCUCCUGGGAAGUGGGAACGGAGACAAAGACUGGGAAAACGGCUCCACGACUUCGUCUGUGGCAUCCAACACAGAGUACACAGGGCCCAAGCUGUACAAGGAGCCGAGUGCCAAAUCCAACAAGCAUAUAAUCCAGAAUGCACUGGCCCACUGCUGCCUGGCCGGCAAAGUCAAUGAGGGGCAGAAGAACCGGAUACUGGAGGAAAUGGAGAAGUCAGAGGCCAACAACUUUCUGAUCCUGUUCCGAGACUCGGGUUGCCAGUUCCGCUCCCUCUACACGUACUGCCCUGAGACUGAGGAGAUAGCCAAGCUGGCAGGCAUCGGGCCCAAGUCCAUCACCCAAAAGAUGAUUGAGGGCCUGUUCAAGUACAACUCAGACAGGAAGCAGUUCAGCCACAUCCCCGCCAAGACCAUGUCUGCCAGUGUGGAUGCCAUCACCAUCUACGGCCACCUGUGGCAGACCAAGAAGCCUGGCACUCCCAAAAAAGCGCUGCCCACCAAGUCCUAGUGGAGUGACUAACUUUGCCCGGUUUCCGGGCAAACCGGGAGCCCACCGUGUUCAGCUUGCACUUCGUUGUAGGUUGUCAGCUUGGAUUCAAUGCCUGCAACGCAGCAAGGAUGAAUCGAUUUUCCUCCUUUUUUUCUCAAGUUCAUUCCUCUUCCCUCUCUUGAGUUGCGACUGGACACGGAAACCUUCUGACAUUAUGCACAACUGGAAUGUAGAGGACUAUUUAAAAUUAUUCAGUGGAGCUGACUCGAUGUGUCUGCUGUGUGAGAGCAUAGAAUCAUGGAUAAUUUUACCAAUUCGCAUGUGUGUGUGUGUGUGUGUGUGUGUGUGUGUGUGUGUGUGUGUGGUUUCUGUAUGUGGUGGGUAAUACAGGUGUGGAUGCCAUGUUGUUGAUUUGGUACACUGAAGCACUGAAUGUCUCUCAUCUGCACAGACUGAACUCUCACAUAUGCUAAUGUUAUGUGGCCUUAUGUUUGUUUUGUGUUUUGAAUGUGGGUGCUAACAGGUUGUGCAGUUGUUCCGCAAGAGGCUUUCGUACACGGGUGAAGCUUGUUUCUUAUCGUGGUCAAUUAACAUGGCUGGCAUUGGGUCCGUAUAAAAACAGGAGCGAUGAGGACCGCACUACCCAAGAAAAACACCAUCACCAGGGAUAUUCAGUUUGGCUGCUAUCACCUUAUCCUUCCGUAGACAUACUAUAUGUUAAAAGGUUGAAUCAAAAAUAUAAGGAACAUCUAUUAGGUAUAUCAAAAUAUAUUGCAAAUAUCUUUAAACGCAGACAUUAUUGCAACUUUCAAACACAGACACACACGUACAUACAUAGGAAGAAGGUGGCAAUAAUCGAUAAACUUUCCCAUAUUUGCAAUAAAUGGAUUUUAGAAUACGCUGUAAAAUUACAUUUUGUGUUAAGUAUAUAUCAUCCUAAAAUGUUAGUAUAUUUUCAGAGUGAAUUCCCUACCUUUUGGAUUAGAUAUAUUCUGCCAUAUGUCAUCGAGUGAGUAAAUACAGAUAGUAAGUCAUUGCUGAAGUACUUUCAUGCUUGACUCUCCCCACUAACCCUGUAUUUUUACCUGUUGGUCAUACUUCAUUUUAA